AUAUAACUAGGCUGGAACUUAUUGAGAUACAUAGACCCCUCCUAGUCCACUAAAUAUGAUAUUCUUGCAUGUUCUGCUAUUUUAAACACAUAUCUUUCUUUAUCUGUUCAUAUUUCCAUCCAACCAAAGCAAGUCUUCCUGUGGAUAGUCUUUAUUUACAGUGCAUGUGACUGAAGAUAAGAAGAAUGCUAGUACUAUUAAUGAAGAUUCAGGGAACUCCAUUAAAAGGCAUUACAAAGGAUAUUAGAGGGCGCGUGUCUUGCUACAAGCAGGAUUGGAUUGCCGGUAUCAGAUCCGGGAUAGGGAUAUUGGCUCCAACUACGUAUAUAUUUUUCGCAUCAGCUCUUCCAGUGAUUGCUUUUGGAGAACAGCUGAGCAGAGAUACAGAUGGGAGCCUGAGCACUGUGGAGACUUUAGCUUCUACAGCUAUUUGUGGUAUCAUUCACUCCAUAUUAGGUGGGCAACCUCUAUUGCUAUUAGGAGUUGCAGAACCUACUAUUAUUAUGUACAGUUACCUCUACAAGUUUGCCAAAGGGAGAGAUGACUUGGGACAGACCCUUUACGUAGCUUGGACUGGAUGGGUUUGUGUGUGGACAGCUCUAAUAUUGAUUCUUCUAGCAAUAUUUAAUGCCUGCUCCAUCGUCAAUAGAUUUACAAGGAUUGCUGGGGAGACUUUUGGCAUGCUUAUCACCUUGCUUUUCAUGCAAGAGGCAAUUAAGGGAUUGGUGAGUGAGUUUCACAUCCCUAAAUCGGAGGACCCAAGUUCAGAGAAAUAUAAGUUUCAUUGGCUUUACACAAAUGGGUUGCUCGGAAUAAUAUUCACUAUUGGCCUUCUCUAUACAGCCUUAAAGAGCAGGAAAGCAAGGUCAUGGUGGUAUGGCACAGGCUGGUUUAGAAGCUUCAUAGCUGAUUAUGGAGUUCCAUUGAUGGUUCUUGUGUGGUCAGCUCUCUCAUUUAUGGUUCCUGGCAAACUUCCAUCUGGAGUUCCUAGAAGACUGUAUAGUCCCCUUCCUUGGGAAUCUGCUUCUUUAUAUCACUGGACUGUAAUUAAGGAUAUGGGGAAGGUUCCUCCAGCAUACAUAUUUGCUGCCGUGAUACCAGCCUUGAUGAUAGCUGGACUCUAUUUCUUCGAUCACAGUGUUGCUUCUCAAAUGGCACAACAAAAGGAGUUCAACCUAAAGAAUCCUUCUGCUUAUCAUUAUGAUAUCUUACUCUUGGGAUUUAUGACUUUGCUAUGUGGUUUGAUUGGAUUGCCUCCUUCAAAUGGUGUCUUGCCACAGUCCCCUAUGCAUACUAAAAGCUUGGCUGUUCUUAAGAAACAGCUGAUUCGGAAGAAGAUGGUUGAAAGUGCAAAGGAAAGUAUCAGGCGAAAAGCUAGCAACUCCGAAAUCUAUGUCAACAUGCAAACUGUGUUCAUAGAAAUAGACAGUUCUCCUGUUACUGCUGUAGUUAAAGAGUUGGAACACUUGAAGGAGGCAGUAAUGAAACAUGAAUUAAUUGAAUAUGAAAAUGGUGAAAAUUUAAAUGGAAAAUUUGAUCCAGAGAAGCAUAUUGAUGCUUACUUGCCCGUUCGAGUGAAUGAACAAAGAGUGAGCAACCUAUUGCAGUCACUACUAGUAGCAGCAUCAGUAGGUGCAAUGCCAGUGAUAAAGAAGAUACCAACAUCACUUCUUUGGGGAUAUUUUGCAUACAUGGCUAUUGACAGCCUGCCAGGAAAUCAACUAUGGGAAAGAAUCUUGCUUCUCUUCAUCACCCCUGGCAGGAGAUUUAAGGUCCUAGAAGGGAUGCAUGCAUCUUUUGUGGAGGCAGUACCAUUCAAAUACAUGGCAAUCUUCACUGUGUUCCAAUUUGUGUUCUUACUUGUGUGCUUUGGAGUCACAUGGAUUCCCAUAGCUGGCAUUCUCUUCCCCUUGCCAUUCUUUAUUCUCAUAAGCAUAAGGCAGCAUUUGCUUCCCAAGUUGUUCUACCCUCGUCAUUUGCAAGAGCUUGAUGCAGCUGAAUAUGGGGAAAUUGCUGGUUCUCCACAACGUGCACUUAGCUUUUCUUUCAGUGAAACGGAGGCAGCUCUUCCAAGAAUUGAAGAAGCUGAAAUUGAAAUUUCUGAUGCUGAGAUUUUGGAUGAACUUACGACCAGUAGAGGAGAGUUGAAAGUGAGGACAGCCAGCUCCGGCGAGGCCGAUAAGCGCCCACAGGUUCACCCCAACUGCUGACAGAAUCUUGAGGGACAAGGUACUAUAUAGUGAUGAAUACAGGCGUAUAAUGUUUGUAUAAACUAUAUAUGAAUGAACCAAUGGAAGUUAAGAGCAAUUUAAAUCGAUAACAAGAUUUCCAUGCAUGGUUCUAAAUGCUAGUGAAAUUUUAAAUAUAUUAGGUUGGUGUCACUGCAGAUAUGUGUCCAUAGUUGUAAAGUGUAUAAUGCUACACAGAUUCUAGGUCUAGCAUCAGAGUGAACUGUACUGCAGUAUAUUCUAAAAGACCGUUUCUAGUUGAUCCGAUGAUUAUGAGUCAUUGUUGUUAAAUACUCCUAUUGGUUUUGAUGGACAUUCUUCAUUAUUUCAGAGCAUUAUACAAGGAAAUAGUCGAGGUCCAA